AUGACGAUCCAGCAAUACGACACCAUCGGGGCGGCCUACGGUGACGUUCCCAAUCUCCCAACCGGAAAGUUGCAGCUUGCAGCCCUGAGAAGCUGUCUCGGUGAUAUCGAGGGUCAAACUGUGCUUGAGCUCGCAUGUGGUCUGGGUUACUAUUGCCGACAGGCCGUCGAAUGGGGCGCGAGCAAGGCCGUGGGCGUGGAUAUUUCCGAAGCGAUGGUCGACGCCGCACGGGUAUGCGCCAAAGAUGACAGCCGACUUGAAUUCCACGUUGCGGACUGUGGCCAGCCGUUCGAAUUCGGACAGUUUGAUAUCGUCCUGGCGCCUUGGUUGCUGAAUUACAGCCGCAAUCAGAGCCAGCUUAUGGACAUGUGGGGGAACAUUUACAAGAGCUUGAAGCCGGCCUUUCCCCACGGGGCGCAGUAUGGCCAGGAGCUGAAGGUAGUUGGGGAGCUGGAUGAGGGCGGCUUGGAGGUUCAGGUGACUCUGCUUGCGUCGACACCUUUCUCAUUUAACAAUAUUUAUCUUCCUCGUGAGUUGUAUGAAAAGACGAGCAAGUUGGCUGGUCUGCGUGGCUUCCAGUGGCAGAAUUUCGCCAAGCCUCUAUCGCACGAUAUCGACUGGGAUGACUUCUUGCGUGUUCCUCCCUUCAGAAUGUUCACUGCUACUCGUCCCGUGGGGGAGCUUGAGUGA